AUGAAGCCUGCGAUGGUUUUAAGCGACAAAGAUGUCCAACGGGUCAGAGAGUCUUUGACGAAGACUCUCACUCCUCAGCAUAAAGUUGUAAUUGCUCCUUGUUUGGCCGAAGUUCUUGUCCUGAACAAGAGCAAAAGUAUUCUCCGACGAUCAUUUAAAGAGAAAUGGAACAGUGUCGGAAAAGGAGUCAUUGCUUUAGUCUAUAACACGGACAGCCUUGGUCAGCGAAUUGAAAUUUGCUUGACAUCCAUAAAAACCCGAGAGGUCAUUUGGCGAGAGACAGUUGUUGCGCAUUUAUCCCGAGUUGAGUCACCGCAACCAAAUUACCAUACCUUCAACAGCACGAAAAAUUUCUUCGAAAAGGCUGCGAUACGUUACGACAACGAAACAGUCGCAAACCUUGUGUUACGAGCUCUGAGUGUGUUUUCAUCACAAUCAAAAUCCGCGAAAGUUUCUGGGCAUAAGCUGGCCUCGCGGUCACACUCGUUCACUGUUGCGCCAAGACCCAGACACGCGCGCGCUCAAGAAGCAAAAAGUGCUUUCGAACGAUGCACAGUGGCUAUUUCCAACUUACACAUUCAACAAGUGUUUAGCAGCGACGGAAGGCCAGUCAGUGCCCCUCAAACAGCUUCAAUGUGCGGAACCUCAAGCGCGCUAACUGCGUCGCAAAGUCAGCAACGGAGCGACUGUCUCUUCUCCGUAUGUGAAUCACGCGAGCAGAACUCAACGCAACUUUCGUCAGAUCAAAACAGCGUUUAUCACUUCAAUAAACAACCAUUAAAUAACAACCGUCCUGCCCGGAGUACAAGUUUUAAUUUGGUGCGACGUUGUACAGAACCAGUUUUGAAGCCGAGGACAGAUUUGCUAGUUACUGAUCUGUGUACAACGGAGCUUUAA